UCCGCGGGUAACUUGGCGUUUGGCUCAGUUCAUUAUACAGUCCCAUAUUCUUCCUCCAUUAGGGCAUCUCUCUGCCUUUGGACUGAAUAUAAAUUACACCGACACACAAGAGAAAAGUUCAACUUUCGUAGGGCGAGAUGGACAUGAAAAAGAGGAUCCACUUGGAACUAAGAAACAGGACCCCAUCUGAUGUACGAGAACUUGUCCUGGAUAACUGCAGAUCAAAUGAAGGGAAAAUUGAAGGUCUCACAGCAGAAUUCGUCAAUCUGGAAUUCCUCAGUUUGAUAAACGUUGGCCUAAUCUCAGUCUCCAACCUUCCCAAACUUGGGAAACUCAAAAAG